GUUAAUGCUUCACUGCGGUUAUGACGCUAACGAUUUACAAUGGCCUCAUCGUAGUAAAACACCAGUAUAUCGUCUCUAUUUAACCUAACAUUCACGAAGUCAGCGUACCAUAGCAUGUAAGCUCUUAUCUGGACACAUUGGUCCGUAACAGAGCAGCCGUGUGACAUUACUUCACCGGGCUAGCUCGGUGGCUAGCUAGCUAACGUUAGCGGUGGACGAGGACACCACCAGAGAUGACGCUUAGGAGGAUCCGCAGACAUCCUCGGGCAUGUCCACUCCUGCUCGCCGUCUUUCUGUUCGUUUUGAGUGAGCAGGUGGUGAGAGCAGCGUCUGAAUAUGACCCCUACAAAAUCCUGGGUGUCAGCAGGAGUGCCAGUCAAGCAGAAGUCAAAAGAGCAUACAAGAACCUUGCCAAAGAAUGGCACCCAGACAAGAACAAGGACCCUAAAGCUGAGGACAUGUUCAUCAAGGUUUCUAAGUCAUACGAGAUUCUGUCCAACGAAGAGCGAAGGUCCAACUUUGACCGCUAUGGACAGAUGGAUGAGAACCAGCCCUUUGGACAGUCACAGCAUCAAGGUUUCCGCGGCUUCCACAACAGCUUUUACUUUGAUGAGUCUUUCUUCCAUUUCCCCAGGUCCAGGGACUUUGCAGACAGCAAGUACCUCCUUCACCACGCACAGUUUAACAGCGAUGUCCUUCCAGACAGCUACAAGAGGCCGUACCUAAUCAAGGUGACCUCUGAGUGGUGCUUUGCGUGUAUCCACAUUGAGCCUGUGUGGAAGGAGACGGUGCUGGAGCUGGAGCCACUGGGUGUUGGCAUUGGCAUUGUGGACCUUGGUUAUGAGCGUCGCCUUGCCAACCAGCUGGGGGCUCACCGCGCUCCCUCCAUCAUUGGGCUGGUGAACGGUAGGGUGACCUUCUUCCAUCACGCUGUGGUACGAGAGCAUCUGCGACAGUUCAUUGAGGACCUGCUGCCCCAAAAACUGGUGGAAAAGAUCACAGAUGACAACUACCUGGCUUUUCUGGAUAGCUGGCCUGCGGAAAAUAAGCCCAGUGUUCUCUUGUUUGACCAAGUCCCCAUUGUUCCCCUACUCUAUAAAUUAACAGCGUUUGCCUUCAGAGACUAUGUAAGUUUCGGCUUCGUGGACCAGGGUGAAACACACAACACUCGGAUACUGCGGCAGUUCAACAUAAACACGUACGCCCCCACCAUGCUGCUGUUUAAGGAGGAUUCAGAAAAGCCUGUUGACAUCAUACAGGCCAGAGGGAUGAAGCGACAGAUCAUGGACGAGUUUGUCUCCAACAACAAGUUCCUGCAGGUGCCUCGCCUGGUCAACCAGCAGCUUUUUGAUGAGCUGUGCCCUGUCAAGCAGUUCCAUCGACGGAGGAAGUACUGUGUGCUGCUGAUCACAGGGGAGGACCAAGCCUUUCUUCCAGGCAAUAAGGCCUUCCUAGACUUCGCAUCAGUUAACAGAAAGGACGUGCUGCGCUUUGCAUACGUCUACCAGCGUCAGCAGCAGCCUCUCUGUCAGGCACUGCUCCAUAAUCAGGUUGCAGUCCCACCUCAGGUGGUGAUUCUUGAGAGGCGGAGCCAUGCUGGAAAGGUCAUGUACCGCUCAGUGAGUGGUGGCUGGAACGGCAGUGAGGAAGACAAGUACCGCCUGCACGAACAGCUGGAACUCCUUCAGAAAGACCCCACCUACCUGAGCUCAGACGCCACCCUGCCAGAGCUCAACAACGAGAUGGCCCCUAUUUUUAUUAUUCAGUGGAUCAAUGCAGCCUACGAUUACAUCGUUCAAAUAUAUGAUGACCUUCUUUACUCAAACUGGCGAGAGAUGAUGCCCAUACUGUCGCUGAUCUUCUCCGCUCUCUUCAUUCUUUUUGGCACCGUCAUCAUUCAGGCCUUCAGUGAGCCAGGUGAGAGCAAACCCCGGAAACCAAAGCCAAAGGAGCCACCACAAACCGAGGAAGAUGCAUCAAGUCGAGCCAGCACUUCAAGCCGUCCUCCUAAGAAGGACUUUGUGGAAGUGACGGAGCUGACGGACAUCACGUACAUCAGCAACCUGGUCAAGCUGAGGCCCGGCCACAUCAACGUAGUGCUGGUGCUCACCAACGCCUCCAAGAAUGCUCUGCUCAGGAAAUUUGCCAAGGAGGUUUUUUCUUUCUCUGGGACUCAGACUCUCCACUUCUCCUUCCUCAACGCUGAUAAGCACCGCCACUGGAUGCCAUCACUCGUUCGCUCAACCGCUGACGCUAUGCAGAGCGAGGGCCAUUCGGACGAGGACGAGGAGUCUCCAGACUACGCUGGCCACGUCCUGGCCCUCAACGGCCACAAGAAAUACUUUUGCCUCUUUAGACCCGUCUUCACAGGGGACGAUCCCAACGACUCCUCAUCUGAGACCUCGUUCUCCUCUGACAGCAGGAGAAAGUCCCGGUCCAGGUCCAGGUCCAGCUCCCACUCUCGAUCCAGAUCCCAUUCCAGGGAGGAUGGGGCAGGACCCAAGAGGGGCUCCAGUAGGGCCACCAGCAUAGAAGUCCACCAUAAGCUUGACAGGCUGGGACUGUGGAUGGAGAGGCUAAUGGAGGGCACGCUACCCAGAUUACAGGUCCCUGCAUGGCCCUCCCUUGGUCAAACCACUAACUCCUUCACAGAGAGCUGAGGUCAAAGUAAAAAAAGAUUGAAUGGUAGGAGAUACACGUUGUGGUUCUGUGUCCUGAUUACGUUCUUCAGCAGAAAAAAAAAAGAAAAGCAGAACUACGUUGCAGUUUUCAAAUCAUUAUUUCAUUUCUCUUUCGAAGAGGUAGGUUCCUGCAGUGAACUGUUGCAACCUAUUUACAGAAUUAUUUUAUCUGUUAAAUGGUGAGAAGCAGGUGAAAAUUGAGGGCAUAGAGUAGUGUGCUACCACAAACCUUUAAAAUGUGCAUAUUGUAGCAAAGGUACAAAGUAUGCACUGCAUGAUGCUGCUUCAUGUUUUCUGUACAGACCGACAGAAGGAGGAAAAAGCAGACUCAAUAGGAAAACAACAAACGCUGUAGUACAUACAUACAUACAUACAUAGUCAAUCUUCACACACCUAGAGAUCAUGUUGAAGGUUGUGUACUUAUCCCCCACAAACAGCCAAUAAGCAUCAUGGAACAGACGAAGGCUGUAGCUAGCUGUGUGUGUUACAGAUUAACUCUUCGUUUGUUUUCCUCUCUUUUUAUCUCUUGCCUCAGUAAGUUCAUUAUGAUAUCAUACAGCUCGGAAAAAGUGCAAUUGUUUCGCUCCACUUAAGUCCCUUGAACCACCUAGAGCCUCUUAAAUUUGCUUUCAGCCUGAAACCAUUGUUUCGGUUGAUAGCCCCCUAUCAUGAGUUAUUACUUGGCAGUAGUUUUAUUAAUAAUAAAGACUUGGAAACUGAGCCUGAUUAAGUAAGUUUAUAGAAGAAUAUUUGUCUUUUUUACUUUUAGGAGCCUUCAGUUGAACUUGAUUAUUGACCACCUUUGUUUGCUGUUGGAUGGAUCUGACGACCGUUUUUAUUCUAGGAAUUGAGACGGACAAUAAUCAACUCGCAUAACACAAUUAACAUUUUAGUAUAUUUUAAAAUAUGGUUCAUGAUUCAAUAGGAUUCUUCCUGGUGUUUUCAGCUCAGACCAAAUUUCUAUGUCUUGCUGCUGUUUGUUUAGGGAUUCAACAUUAAAUAUGCUACCAGCCAAGUUACUGAUAAAGCUAAAUAUCAUCUUGAGUAAGUGGUGCCCAAAAGGUUAAAAUCUGACUUUUUGUCUUUACACUUGCUGUUUUAUUUGGGACUGGUUUCACUUUUUUUUAAAAGUUCAUGUAGAUUGUCUGAAUCAGGGUUAAAGGAUAAAUCAUAACCUAUAUAUACUUGCCCUUUUUUUAAGCCUGUGCCAUUAAACCACUGUAAAUGUCAAUGCAUGGAAUAUGUAGACCUAAAAUCACUAAAACAGUGAAUUUGCACUGGCAGCUGAAAUGCUUCACCUCGUCUCUCUCCUCUUACUCUGUAGUUGAAUAAUAAUUUGCUGCUCAACAAAUAAUAUUUGCAGUACACUGUAACCUGUAUUCCUUAUUUACUUCUUGUAUGCCCUUUGAUCUUCAUUUGUGUCGAUAUUAAGUGUAAAUUAUUAAAAUAAACUCCUUUUAAAACCGGUUAUUUAUUAAAA